ACUACACAACAACACAUCACUUGGAAGCAGUCCAGUUACAUACAUACACACUUGUUGUUGUGUGUGUGCUCACUGUACUGUACGCCUGUUCUACACAUUACAAGAAAAUGGCGGAAGGUGGGCCGUCUGCUUGUGAAACGGAUUCUAACGACGAAAAUCAGAUCGGAACUCCAUCGGAGCGUCUUCUCGAACGAGGUCGCGCUGACGGAGCUUUCAUCAGGAAGGUACUGCAAGCACGUAACGCGAAAUCGACGCUCAACGACGUCAACUCGCAAGGAAGACCGACGAUGCACACCGUACUGCAAGUUCAUUGGAGUGACGAGAGAGCAACAAGACAAGAAGCUAUCGGAAUUUUGCUUGAUUAUGGCGCCGACGUAGAUGCUCGUGACGGUCGUGGGUGGACGGCGUUGCACGUUGCCGUCGCAGAAGAGGAAGUAACAAAAGAAGAGCUCCGUUUACUGGCAAGGAAAUCAAAAAAUAUCGACGCCGUAAACGAUGACGGACUCACGCCGUUACAACUACUGUUGACUCUGUCGGAGACUACAAAUGAUGAUUUGUUGGUUGCUCUAUUGGAAGCUGGCGCUAAUCCGUACGUCAUUGCGGGCAAUCAUCUUUCUCCUCUACAAACUCUUCUGGCAACGUCUAGCGACCCAAAAAGUCACUCGAGUCUUGUGAGGUGGCAUGCGAAGCGAGAUUAUCAAAGCCACAUCGCAACCCAUUUGAGAGAUUAUCUACGCUUUACAAUUACCAUUUGCUCAGGAGCUGCUCUGGAGGCUCUUCUCGACAUGUGUGAUCCUGUACAAGAGUGGCAGAGUUAUGAUAUCGAAUUUGUACUCGAGGCGGCCGCAGUCGACCAAGACUGCGAGAAGAAAGUCGAACUUCUCGUCAGGUACGGCCUGCCGUUCGACGGCGUCAACUGUCAAGGAAUGAGUCUUCUUCAUCUCGGCGCUAUGGCAAGUUCUUUACGUAUCUUGGAACUGGCGACUCCUGGCUACCAAAUUUGUACUAACGUACACGAUUCGCUUCACAAUACUCCACUGCAUUACUUGAACGCAAACGAAAAGCUACAAGACUAUGAAACUAUCUCACACUGCGUCAAGUUUUUGAUAUCCCGCGAUGAGAACAUGAUGGAAAUGCUCAACUCUAAAGGAGAAAGUCCGCUAUUUAGCGCGUUGGCUGCAAGCAGGAAGCAAGUAGUGUGCGCGCUACUCAAUGCAGGAGCCGCCAUACCGUCGCUUAAAAUGACAAAACGCUUGACGUUCGAGCACGUGUCGGUAUUGGCAGAAGAUGACGUCAUCGUUCAGUCAAAGCGGCCACUCAUUACGUCACUUCAAGUUGCCGGUCAAACACGAAGACUAGCGGAGCGUAAGCUGGACGUAGAGAAGUACUUGGAGAUCAGCGGUCGGUUAGAAAAGUUUGCAAUCGCAAUGACAAACUCGCAGAACUCUUCGCUAACCGAAUUGAGCACGGAGGUUUUGUUUGCUGCCGUCGAAAACAAGCAGAAAGAGUUUAUUGCAGUGAACAACGUUCAAGAGUUUCUCGAGGAGACGUGGUACGGUCGUCGGCGCUCGUCAGCGAUGCACACGGUACUUACAGGUUUUCUCUGCCUCUUCAGACUCAUCCUCCUUCCAUAUCUUCUACUCUUUUACGCUCUACCUCGCUACGGUCGCAACUACCACUCGUUCACGAGGUCAUUCGUGCUCGACGUUUUUCCACCAUCGGCCAGAUAUUGUGCGAUGGUCAUCACAUACAUCUUCUUUAUUGUACUCUUUGUUAACGACUGUACGAAGAUUAACGGUCUACCCGUGUCAAUACAGGCCGAUGCCGCCGACUAUAUUCUUUUCGGUUUUGUUCUGGGAUUGAUGGCGCGCGAGGUCGGCAAGAUGGUAAUCCGCGGCGUGCGCUCGUAUUUUAGCAGUUGGCUCAACUGUCUCGACAUCGCAAUGAUUGUUCUAUUGGUCUUCCACUUUACAAUUCGCAUUGCUGAUCUUUUUGGCGCGUGGCAUCUCGAUGAGAAUCACCUCGAUUUGGGUCCGUACUUGCGUGUUGCUACAUUGUUGUAUGGUCUGGGUGCGGUUGUCGCCAUUCUUCGCUUGCUCGCCUAUCUGCGACCGUUCAAGACCAUCGGACCGAUCCUAGUCGCGUUCAAGAAGAUUCUAAAAGAGACGGCGUCGUUUCUCGUCAUCUGGUUCGUAUUUCUGCUGGCGUUUGCUGUUGCGAUGACGGUCGUCUAUGCUGCGUCCGCCUACGGCAUUUCAGAUGUGGAAUGCCUUCGAGCUCUGGUAAACGGGACGGAUACCGCAACUAUGUCGUGGUACGAGCAAAGGCAACUGCAAUACCAAUGCGCAGAACGAAUCUACCAGCAAGUCGUUCCAGUCGUCGUGAAAGGAUUGCUUUCGUCAUUCAGUAGCUUGUUCUAUGCAUCGUUCGGAUUGAUCGACGUCGACGACUUCACCACCGUCACUGACCUCGAAUCUGUGAUCGGAAAAUUACUGUUGAAUCUCUGGCUAUUGGUCGGCGUCAUCGUUCUAGUCAAUCUAUUGGUGGCAAUAGUGACGAAUGCAUUUCAGAAAGUCCAAGAUCAUGCAGAUGUCGAGUGGAAGUUUGCGAGAGCGGCGUUGCUGUUCGAAAUCAUGAAUUCUCCGAUAUUCGUGCCACCGUUUAAUCUUCAAUAUUACGUCGUCCUUCUGAUUGCUCGAUGUGUGACGCCUUGUCUUCGAAGACACGAGGGUGAACUAGAGACAGAAGACGGAGACGUGGAGAUGACUUCUGUGGCAUCAUCGGUCGGUAGUGAUCGCAAAGAUUUGCUGAAAUGUUUGCAACAACAGCAAGAGGAUGAAUACUGCAACAAUCCGACGACAAUUGGAGAUCUAAAGAAAUUGGAGAAGAAGUUGGAUGCUAUGCAAGAUGUCUUGUCUGCGAUCUCGUCGUCUGCGGUUACUUGUCCUCAUUGUCGUCAGUUGGUGCCUUUAGCUACAAAAGAAGCAAAUUCGAGUGGGAGCGAUGUAUAGCUAUAGAAACAGAGAGGUAAACACGUUUGUAGUGCAGACUGUAAGAGAGCGUAUUGUAUAGUUUUAGUAUAGUGCAUAGACUGGCAUAGACUCUAGCAAGUUAGAAACAAAUUAUUGCAACAGGCUAUUGUAAUAGGAAUCAUUGA